UAACUUGACCUUUGAGAAAUUGCUGAUAAGCGGUUAUCAAACGAGUUAAAUUAACAAACCCUCCCACCUUGCUUGGUUGGGUGGUACCUUCCAAGGCCAUUGUAAAUGUGUAUCAGUGUGAACCUGAUCCAGAAACAGCCAGGAAGGGAACAAAGUUUAGUCUGUGAGUAAAUAGUCAGCUGCUGGUAGUUUCAUGCUGUCUGUCCAGACUUCAGCUCUAGGUUUUGGAACCCUCUCUUGCAUCAGAACUCCAUUGUAAUAAUCCUCUGAGUGUCAUCUCAGGACCUUGGUCACACUCAUGGCACGAUGGCCACCCCUCAGGAGCACCUGAGCUCCUCCUCUUCUCCACGCUUACCCUUGAGUGAAAACAAAGCUUUCAAUGGACCACAAGAUGAACUCGCAACUAUGGGGAACCCCCCUUCACCCAAGCUCCUUGAGGACCAGCAGGAGAAGGGGGUGGUGCAAACAGAGCUAAUCGAGAGCAUGAACAGCCCCAUCACCACAACAGUGUUGACAAGCGUAAGCGAGGAUUCCAGGGACCAGUUUGAGAACAGCGUUCUUCAGCUUAGGGAACAAGAUGAAUCAGAGAUGGCUGUGUCUCAGGGGGACAGCAACACUGUGGAUGGAGAGAACAUGAGUGGAACUGAAGACAUCAAGAUUCAGUUCAGCAGGUCGGGCAGUGGCAGCGGUGGGUUCCUUGAAGGGCUGUUUGGAUGCUUAAGGCCUGUAUGGAAUAUCAUUGGGAAGGCAUAUUCUACUGACUACAAAUUGCAGCAGCAAGAUACUUGGGAAGUGCCAUUUGAGGAGAUCUCAGAGCUGCAGUGGCUGGGUAGUGGAGCCCAAGGAGCUGUCUUCUUGGGCAAAUUCCGAGCGGAAGAGGUGGCCAUCAAGAAAGUGAGAGAACAGAAUGAGACGGAUAUCAAGCAUUUGAGGAAGUUGAAGCACCCUAACAUCAUCGCAUUCAAGGGUGUUUGCACUCAGGCCCCAUGUUACUGUAUUAUCAUGGAAUACUGUGCCCAUGGACAACUCUACGAGGUCUUGAGAGCUGGCAGGAAGAUCACGCCUCGAUUGCUAGUAGACUGGUCCACAGGAAUUGCAAGUGGAAUGAAUUAUUUGCACCUCCAUAAGAUUAUUCAUCGUGAUCUCAAAUCACCCAAUGUUUUGGUGACUCACACAGAUGCAGUAAAAAUUUCAGAUUUUGGUACAUCUAAGGAACUCAGUGAUAAAAGUACCAAGAUGUCCUUUGCUGGCACAGUCGCAUGGAUGGCGCCAGAGGUGAUACGGAAUGAGCCUGUCUCUGAAAAAGUCGAUAUAUGGUCUUUCGGAGUGGUCCUUUGGGAGCUGCUGACAGGAGAGAUCCCUUACAAAGAUGUAGAUUCUUCAGCCAUUAUUUGGGGUGUUGGAAGCAAUAGCCUACACCUUCCAGUUCCUUCCACUUGCCCAGAUGGAUUCAAAAUCCUUAUGAAACAGACAUGGCAAAGUAAACCUCGCAACCGACCUUCUUUUCGGCAGACACUCAUGCACUUAGACAUUGCGUCUGCGGAUGUACUUGCCACCCCACAAGAAACUUACUUCAAGUCUCAGGCUGAAUGGAGAGAAGAGGUGAAAAAGCAUUUUGAGAAGAUCAAAAGUGAAGGAACUUGUAUACACCGAUUAGAUGAAGAACUGAUUCGAAGGCGCAGAGAAGAGCUCAGGCAUGCUUUGGAUAUUCGUGAACACUAUGAGAGAAAGCUUGAGCGGGCUAAUAAUCUGUACAUGGAACUGAGCGCCAUCAUGCUGCAGCUAGAAAUGCGGGAGAAGGAGCUCAUUAAGCGUGAGCAAGCAGUGGAAAAGAAGUAUCCUGGGACCUACAAAAGACACCCUGUCCGCCCCAUAAUCCACCCCAAUGCCAUGGAGAAACUUAUGAAAAGGAAAGGUGUGCCUCACAAGCCUGGGGUGCAGACCAAACGGCCAGAUCUGUUGAGAUCUGAAGGCAUCCCCAGUACAGAAGUGGCUCCCACGGCAUCCCCUUUGUCCGGAAGUCCCAAAAUGUCCACCUCAAGCAGCAAGAGCCGGUAUCGAUGCAAACCUCGUCACCGCCGGGGGAAUAGCAGAGGCAGCCAUAGUGACUUUGCAGCAAUCCUGAAAAACCAGCCAGCCCAGGAAAACUCACCCCAUCCUACUCACCUACACCAAGCUCAAUCCCAAUACCCUUCUCUCCAUCACCAUAAUCUUCCGCAGCAGCAAUACCAGCAACCCCCUCCUGCCAUGCCUCAGAGUCACCAUCCCAGACUCAACAUGCACGGACAGGACAUUGCAACCUGCGCUAACAACCUGAGGUACUUUGGCCCAGCAGCAGCCCUGCGAAGCCCGCUCAGCAACCAUGCUCAGAGACAGAUGCCUGGCUCGAGCCCUGACCUCAUCUCCACAGCCAUGGCGGCAGAUUGCUGGAGAAGUCCUGAGCCAGACAGGGGCCACGCCAGCCCCUAUGACCCCUGCCUCCAGUGCAGGCCAGAACAGUCUGGGUCCUUGGACACACCCUCUGUUGAGCCAGUGGGGAGGAGCCCUGACCUUUCCAAGUCACCAGCACACAAUCCCCUCUCGGAAAAUGCCCAGGGUUCUGAGAAAAUGGAAGAAAAUGGAUUCAACAGCUGCAGGUCUGCAUCACCCCUUGGCACCCCGCAUCACAUCACUCCCCCAGUGCUACCUCGAAAAACAAGGCCUCUUCAGAAGAGUGGAGAUGACUCCUCAGAAGAGGAAGAAGGGGAAGUAGAUAGUGAAGUUGAAUUUCCACGAAGACAGAGGCCCCAUCGCUGUAUCAGCAGCUGCCAGUCGUAUUCAACCUUCAGCUCUGAGAAUUUCUCCGUGUCCGACGGAGAGGAGGGAAAUACCAGUGACCACUCAAACAGUCCCGACGAGUUAGCUGAUAAACUUGAAGACCGCCUGGCAGAGAAGCUAGACGACCUGCUGUCCCAGACGCCAGAGGUCCCCAUUGAGAUAUCGUCGCACUCAGACGGGCUCUCUGACAAGGAGCGCGCCGUGCGCCGCGUGAAGACGCAGAUGUCGCUGGGCAAGCUGUGCGCGGAGGACCGCGGCUAUGAGAACCCUAUGCAGUUUGAAGAAUCGGACUGUGACUCUUCAGAGGGGGAGUGUUCUGAUGCCACAGUUAGGACCAAUAAACACUACAGCUCUGCUACUUGGUAAUGAAGGAAUAUGCGUCCUGAAGAUCUCAUAACUAUACUGGCAUUUCAAAUCCACCCCACCCCAGACUCUUCCCACUCUCUACCUGCUUUCUGUCUGGGAAGAGAACUGCCCUAUCUUUACUACCCCUAGAAAUAAGCUGCAAUAACAGGAACAUGAGACUUUGCAAAUCUCUGGAAAAAAAUAUCCAAAUGAAAUUAAGUCUCACUGAACAUUUCAAUCAAGAAUGGCAGGGAUCUAUUUUAUUGAAUAUUCUAGCUACUGUAACAUUGAUAUUUAUUUUUGUUUGACAUUUUAACACUUUGUACUGUAAAGAGUGAACUAUAUAUGAUAUAGAGAGAGAUACAAUAAUUUCUUGCAAAAAAAAAGAGAAGAAAGAAAGAAAAGCAAAAAAGAAGUGAAAUUUAGGAGCAACAUCCUUGGGAAUUUGUGGGGUUGGGAGGUAUUAUUGCUGCUUGAAUAGGGGACCAGGUCUUUUGGCCAUAAAUGACUGAAGAAGAGCCAGAGCAAGACAUAUGGAGCAUUCUAGAACAUAAGCAUUUUAGAACAUAAGCAACAGCAAAAGAAAAGCAAUUCCAGGCAACUUGUGAACAGACCACAUUAAGUUCAACCAAAUUGUCCAGCUGGGUGAUGGAAAUCACCUUAAAAAGUUUGGUGACCAGAUACUUGCACCCAAGGUCUUUGAGGGCAUGUACUUCCUCUAGGAGGAAAAAAAGAAAACUGUAUAUGUGGAAGCUAAUUUCAUUUUUAAAAUUUUAAGCAGCAUUUGGUAGUGAGGCUUACAGAUAGUAUCAAACCUUGUCCUUGGCAAAUACUUCCCUUUUUAAUGCUGUCAUUGUCCUUACCUUGACAAAUGUGUUACCUUGACUGAUGUGUUGAUCUUGCAGACUCAAGUGCCAUUUUCUUAUGGCUUAUUUCCUUUCCACCUGCUGACCCUUAGGAAAAAGGGGUAGUGGGGUAUGCUGAGGAGAAGAAAAGGAUAAGAGAAAAGGAACAUCCACAACAGUGUUAAAAGAGCAAAUGUGGAAGUUUUAAAAGUACAUUCUCAGGAUGGCUCAGUUGAGCUACAUGGUGAAGAUGGGCUCACCCCUCUCUGGAACCAGGUUGCUUGUCUGCUGGAGUCAUAUUGAUUCAAAUAGAACAGACUUUGAAGGCAGCUAGGAUGUGUGUGUGUCUGUCAAAUGUCCAAUCCUAAACCAUCCCCUUGUUUUUCUUCAUUAACUCAUUCUAUCCUGGAAGCUUUAGUGACUGGCUACCACUGUCAGAAUAAAGGCAAAACUAGUAACUUGCAAAAGGCAACUCCUCUCCCAGCAUAAUAGCAUUUUUGUUAAAUGCUACUUGUAAAGUAUCUUUUAUUUCACUCCGAAUCAAUGCAGUUUUGAAUAACUGGAUUUAGAAAUCUGUGGAAUGAACAAGUGAUGCUGAGCAAGGAGUGGAAAGAUUUUUACAUUGUCAAAAGCAGGAGGGCCUUCCUGUCUCCAGGGUCACAGCCUCUGAAAAGCAUCCCAAGGUACUUCGUCAUGGUGCCUUGGCUUUAAGGAAAAUUUUAUCUAGAAUUUGAUUUACAGAUGUUGACCUCGUUCCUGUCUGUGUCUCCAAGACAGAUUACUGUCCAACAACCUCUUGAUUCCCUAGACUGACACUGCAUCAUGUUGAACGUUAGGAAAGACUUGCUCAGACGGCUAUUACCAUUUCCAGUGCAGAUGAAAAUGUUGCCCCUCCUCUGGGUUUCACUAAUUGCAUCAGCCAAAAAGGAAAGGCAGGAGGGAAUUUAGAGCAGUUCCUUUUGCUUGUUUGAUCCCUCCAGUUGUUUACACUUUAUGUUGAGACAUUGAUUUAAAAUGUAUUGUCUAUGAUUUAUAGCUUUUAGGUAGAAUGAAGGAAAACGUUUAACUUAUACAGAAAGCAGUAUUGUUUGCAUUAAAUUAUUCCAUUUUGUAUAAAUUCUGUAGCUGGACUACAUGAAGGAUCUUAAGUUAUGGCAUUAUUGUUAUUUUAUUUUAUAAUAUUAUCAUUCUCAUUUUCUGUCGAUCAGAAGGUGUGGUUUACGAUGUAGCACAAUGAUCAUGUUUAUUGCUAACCGUGAAUUAUGAUGGGUUUUAUAAUUUUAAUGAAGGAAUGAAAAUGGAACUGCCAUUUGGGAGCUCCUGGUAUUCAUCUUAGCUGUAUUCCCUAAUUUUCUAUGUACAACAACAAUCAUCUGAGGAUGCGUGUUCUGCCCUGAAGCCCAAUGGAUACGUUGUGAUUUUGACUGGAUCAUGAAAGCUCCUGGGUGGGCAGAUGACUGAGUGGAUGGACAAAUAGUUCAAAUCUGUAAACUUCCUUAAGUUUCUUAGGAAAUAAAAUCAUGGGACUACAUUAGAAGCAAAAAGAGAAUUAUUUAAUGCCUUGAGAGGAACAGACCUAGAGAGUUUUUCAUGGGGCUCAUGGAUUAGUUUUAAGAACUGACAACGUAGUUUGUCAUCUCCUUCCAGUCAGAUCCCUCAACACCACUCUUUUUUCUCCUGGUCAGGAUUAGCAGGGAGACUAAGAAAAAUAUACAUAUAUACACUAGUCCCCCCACAUCUGAGGUUUUACUUUCCCUGGUUUCAGUUACCCACAAUUAAUCAGGAACCGAAAAUAUUAAAUGGAAAAUUCCAGAAAUAAUUCAUAAAUUCUAAAUUGUGCGCCAUUCUGAGUAGCGUGAUGAAAUCCUGCGCUGGGCCACCCUGGGCGUGAAUCCUCCCUCUGUGCAGCAUACCUGUGCUGUGGGUGUGACCUGCCCAUCAGUCGCUUAGCAGCCUUCUCGGUCAUCAGAUCAACUGUUGCAGUUAUCACAGUGCUUGUGUUCAAGUAACCCUUAUUUUACUUAACAAUGGCCCCAAAGGGCAAGAGUACUGGACCUAAUUUGUAAAUUAAACUUUAUCCUAGAUAUGUGUGUACAGGAAAAAACAUAGUAUAUAUAAGGUUUGGUACUAUCCUCAGUUUCGGGCAUCCAUUGGGAGGUCUUGGAACGUAUCCCCCACAGAUAAGGGGGGACUACUGCAUAUACAUAUAAGGCAUGACUUAAAAUGCCUAGCUGUGAUGUCUUCCCAUAACAAGACUAAAGAAAUUCAAGAAAAAGGCGUAGUCACUUAAAGGAUCAAGUGUGGGAAAAGUACCUUGAAAGGCCGUAUUUUCUAUCCUCUGACUUCAGAUCACCCUAUACUGUGAUUUUCUUUUCUUUUCUUUUUUUUUUUUUUGGUUGAUUACUCCUUGCAAUGGAGAUGCUACCACUCUGUGUUCACUUUCUGUCCAACAUGAAACACUGACACUUCAGUUUGUCCAAUUCUUGCCCACCUUCAGUGGCAAUAGAGAAACAUGAGUGUCAAGUUCUGUCUUAUACCUUUCAGUGAUGGUCUUCCUAGAAAACCCACCCCAGACACCUCAUAUUUUUUAUCAGUUUUUUGAAUUCCCAUCUUGACUAUCUUUUAUGCUAAUGCCAUAUACCUUAUCUGGAUUAAGUGUGCUGAGCAUGUUAGGGCAGUAGACAAUGGUUGACUCUUCAGUCAUUUGUUGUAAUGUCAAGAAUUGAAUAAAGUCCACGUUGAACACAUUUGAGUAGAAUUGACUAGAAGUUUCAGAGAAGAACGGUGUCCUUAGUUGAGGUUAAAAAGGGAAAUACCUUCUCUAUCCCAGCUUGGCCCUUCCCUGCCUGCCUCAUGAUGAGCAAGAAAAUCUUAAAUUGAUGUAUGUUUCUUUGAGAACAACUCCACAGUCAUCUGAAGAGUGUUGAAUCAAGAGCUCAGGGAACUUAUGAGCUAAUUUUGCAGUCCCGACAACUGUGCAACAGUGCUCCAAGCAACCUAACAAGACUGAUGUCAAGCUUCUUCAUUGGGAUGAAUGUCCACAUUCAUUUAGCAUUUAGCAUCUGGUUUUGACUGUAAGAUAAUAAGUUUUAAUUUGUGUUGCAGAUGAUCGUUUGCUUCUGAUUUCAAUCUAUUUCUAGAUCAUGUCCUCUGAAUAACAAUUCCUCUUAAAAUUGCAUAGCAGAGGGACUGAGAAGCCUGCAUCCACUUUGAAACUAUAGCGGACCUUAGCACCACAAAAGUUUAGACCUGUUUCCAAGGUUGUGGGGAGCUCCCACUCAGAAACGUAAAGAUGCCAGCCCUAUUGUAAGAGGAUUUGUAUGGCCUACUUGAAGUUCAGAUACUGUAUUAAAAAAUGUUAGGAUCAACAAAUCUUUCUUUCUAGAAUGAAGGACAUUUUUAGUAGGAUUGAGUAAGACAUCCACUGUAGGGCUUCAUUGUACUAAAUUAUGCCCCUCUCCUUCCCUAAGUAAUAGACGUGUUUUGGAUUUCUCUGGUACCAACCUAGACCAUUCUCUCUCUAUGGAGCACUGACAUACUUUGAGAGUAAAUGCAUCCUUAUUGAUCAGAUGAUUUACUUUUUUUUUUCCCAAUGCCCUUAUGUCUCCAUUUUUUUCCCUUUUCUUAAAACAUUCCUACUUAAACUUCCUGGAACUGAAUUCUCCAUAACAUAAUAUUUGGAAUCCAAGGAAUUUCUGCCCUUCUCCACAGUAGAGUGUGCUAUGUUUUGUUUUGUUUUUCCAAUGAGCCAGAAACCAAAGCACCACCACAUACCACCAUCUACCACCUCCAUCCAACACACCCAAGGCCAACAUUAUUUGUUGAGCACCAUGUCCUUUCCUACUGAGCAUAGAUACAGCCUCAGAACUUCUCACAACAUAGCACUUGGAGCAAUAAUUACCACUUGAUCAGAAUUGGUGUGCAAGGGGAAAUCCAUUUGCCAUCCUAGCUCAAAGUUCAUAAUUAAUUUCCUAAAGGUGAUUUGAGCUCUUGAGUUAGCUCUGAUGGAAGAAUGACAGGCUCACACCAGAGUUCUCUUUAAGGAUCCCACGUAUGGCUGUCAGGGGCAGUACCACUGGCAGGGGAAAAGCCACUUGCCUCUACCCUUUUGGACUAUUAAUACAAUUCCAAUUGAAGAACCAUCAAUUACUGAUGGAUCAAAUUCCAAAAUGUCUCUUCAUUCACAUCAUUUAAUUGUAUUGAAUGAGCAUAUUCCUCCCUUGCCUUCUAUAAACAGAAAAUUAGUAUGUUAAGUCUCAGUUACUUGCUUCUUCCUUAGACUCUGAGACUAAGGUACCAAAACGGUAUGACAUUCUUUUCAAGACUUUGACUUGUACCGUCGGUAUGAAUUUAGUGCCUUUCCAGGCAGCAAGAUUUUUCUUCUUUGCUGAUUUUAUAGGACAAAUGUCCCAGUAUACUCACAACACCAGUAUUACCGACCUCACAGACUGGCACAUUAGAGUCCAUGUUACAACUGAUACUGCAAGCGCCUAUUCAAGUUGGAAUGAACUAGGCUGCCAAGUGGGGGACCCUUGUGGAACCUGGAGCAUUUCUCAGGGAUGGGUGGCAAAAGAGGGGAGCUCUGAAAUCACUGCUCUGAGAAACAGGGUUACACCAAAGGAGUUGGGUUAAGAGUUUUGUUAACCAUCAAGUGACCAGGGCACUUUGGCAGGAUUUCACACACAGCCAAGCCCCAAGCAGAUGGCAAGGCCACUGUAAGGAAGCUUCCAGCAGCAUCCCAGGCCUGCUCUCCAGAGCCACUUCACAGCACUCAGGGGAUCACUGGCUCACGGCCCCAAGCUGCUGUCCAGUGACCAGGUGGACAGGGUCCUCCAAUGGUUGCAGGCCAGAGGGAACCCUGGCCAGAAUGUGUGACCUAUUAGGAAGAUGUCACCCAGUGGCUCUUCACCUCCUGAGUGACCACUUCCCAGAGUCUGGAAAUGGGAAGACCCUCUUUGAUUUAUUACAAUAAUUUGAACUCCUAUCAAUUUGAACAGAUUGAAUUUCUUUUUUGUAGUUAAGUCUCAAAAUGAACUCCCUCAUGUCCUGUUCCCAGUGUUGUUUUCUGAUGCCGGCUCCCUCUUUGUAUUGAACAGUGAUGGGAACAAAAAUGACUAUCAAAGCAAACGAAUGCAUGGAAUUAAACAAAAAGUGUACUUCACCA